AUGCCACCCCCCACAGUCCCCAACGUCCGCACCACCUUCCCAGCCCCCCACAUCCUCCUCGUCACUCUCGCCCGUCCCUCCGCCCUCAACGCCAUCCCCGCCGCCCAGCACGCCCCCAUGGCCGCCCUCUGGGCAUGGUACGACGCCCAGCCCUCUCUACGCUGCGCCGUACUCACGGGCGAGGACGGAGAUGGACGGAAAGCCAGGGCGUUUUGUGCGGGGGCGGAUUUGAGGGAGUGGGAUGCUAAGCAUCGCGACGCGGGCCCGAAGGGGGAUGGGGAAGGGAAAGGAAAGGAAGAGGAGGGAGAUGAGGCGACACAGUACCGCUCACGCUGGACACACGACGGCUUCGGCGGGCUCUCCAACCGCACGGGCAAAAAACCCAUCAUCGCCGCCGUCAACGGCCUCUGUUUCGGCGGCGGAAUGGAAAUGGUCAUCAACUGCGACCUGGUCGUCGCCGACGGCGUGCGCGCCCGCUUCGGUCUGCCCGAGGUCGGCAAGGGUGUCAUUGCCGUUGCGGGGGCCUUACCCAGACUCGUACGCACCGUGGGCAAGCAGCGCGCCGCGGAGAUGGCGUUGUUAGGACGGACGGGGUAUACGGCGGGGGAGAUGAAAGAGUGGGGGUUGGUGAAUUUUGUGGUGGGAGAAGGGGAGGUGGUACAGGAGGCGGUGAGGUUGGCGGGGGAGGUGAGUGGGAAUUCGCCGGAUGCGGUGGUGGUGUCGAGGGAGGGGUUGAGGUUGGGGUGGGAGGCGUUGGGGCCGGAACGCGGGACGGAGGUGUUGGAGGCGGGAAUGUAUGGGCGGAUUGAUGGGGGGGAGAAUAUGAGGGAGGGGGUGAGGAGUUUUGUGGAGAGGAGGAGGCCGGUUUGGAGGGAUAGUAAGUUGUAG